AUGCCUUCCAAACCAGCAGUAAUAUCUGUAAUCGGCUCCCUGAAUGUCGACCUCGUAACCCGCACACCCCGCGUCCCCACUGGCGGUGAAACCCUGACCAGUGAAUCUUUCAACAUCGGCUGGGGUGGGAAGGGCGCCAAUCAAGCUGUCGCCUGUGCCCGUCUCUCACGCACCAAGGCUCAAGCUUCGUCAUCUCAUACUUCCGAUGUGGAAGUACGUAUGGUGGGUGCAGUGGGUGAUGAUGAGUUUCACGAGGGUUUCCUGAAAGCCUUGCGAGAGGACGGAUUAUCGACGGAGAAAGUACAGAUCUUGAAAGGAAAGAAGACGGGUGUUGCCGUUAUCAUCGUUGAGACCGGCUCUGGGGAGAACAGGAUCAUGUUCUGUCCCGGUGCCAAUGGGGAUGUGAAAGUGCAAGAUCUUGUUGAUGAGGAUGCGGGGGUUGCGCUUUUCCAACUGGAACUGCCAUUGGAGGUUGUGUUGCAUAAUAUGAAGACCGCAAGGGAGAAAGGCGUCGAGACUAUUAUUAACCCAGCGCCUGCGAUACCGUUGCCAGAUGAGGCUUAUCACGGCUUAGGCCACCUCAUCGUUAACGAGACUGAAGCUGCGAUCUUGUCGGGCAUCGAGAAGCCAACUUCGUGGGACGAGGUUGCUGCUGUGUUUAUUGCAAGGGGUGUCAAGAAUGUUAUCAUCACGCUUGGUGGCGAGGGCGUGUUCUACAAGACCGCAAAGCAACAGGAGGCAUCUCAGCAAGGUCACAUUGUGCCAGCACGUAAAGUCAAGGUUGUCGACACUACAGCCGCUGGUGAUACGUUUGCUGGCGCGUAUACAGUUGCUGUUGCACGCUGGAAAGCUAUGGCGCGAGGAGCAGAUUUCGAUCUCGAUACUGCCAUUGCGCAUGCUAACAGGGCAGCGUCUAUGACGGUGCAGAAAGCAGGUGCGCAGUCCAGUAUACCAUGGGCCGACGAAGUACCAGAGUCAUGA